AUGGACAAAAAAAGAAGUAAUUUUGUUUUUAUUCUUUAUUAUUGUAAUUUUCUUUUUUCAUCAAUGGUUGAUUUAGAAUUAAAAAACUCUCUUCCACUUAAUAAAUCAUACCAUAAAGUAAUUGAAAAUUUAAAUCGAUGGCGUACAAACAUGACAACACAACUUAAUGAAAUGCAUGAUAAUACUCUUCUUGAUAUGAAAAGAACACUUGAUGAUGUUCAUCAUUUUGCUUCAUUUACGAAUGCACUUUUAAUUGAACAAGAAAGUCAACUUAAAAAAGCAAGAUCUAAUGAAGAAAUUGAUAUUAUUCAAGAACGAAUCAAUCAAAUUCUAGCAGAGGUUCAAUUUUUACAAUUAUUAUCAUUUCAUUUAAAUUAUGAUGCAGUUAAAUUCAAUGGUAAACUUCCAAUAAGUUAUAAUAAUAAUGAAUUAAAAUCAAAUAGUUCAUUAAUAACAACAUUUCCUUGUCUUCCUAAUACAUCUCAAACAAUAUCAGAUUCAUCUGAACUUUCAACAAAUAAUAAACAAUCAAUUUUAUUAUAUGCAAAAUAUCGUUUUCUUAUUUCACGAACUGAUGCUAUUGAAUUAAAAAAGAAUUUUCUUCCCAAUUUUCAUUUAACUUCUUAUAAUAAUGAAUUAAUUAAUGAAUGUGUUUUAACAUUUAAUGUAUCUAAUCUUGAUUCAUUUCUUCAUGCAUUUACAUUGUAUUGGAAUUUAUUUUCAAAUAAUCAUGAAAUACGUAUGCUUAUAUCACAAUAUAAUGUAUUAUUUUUAACGGAAAAAUUAAAUGAAAUACCUUGUUCACUUGUAAAACGUUUUCAAUUAGAUCAAAUAAAGAUUUUUUCAAAUUCAUGUCCAAAAUCUGAUGAAAAAAUUUUAUUAAUUAAUGGAAAACAACGUAAUCUUAUAAAAGAGUGUAUUGAUGAAAUUUAUUUUAAUAUUGAAGAAAAUAAUAAAAAUCAAGAUACGGAGCAUAAUAUAAAAUUAUAUAAUCCAGCAAACUUAUCAAAGGAUGAUAUUAAUGAAAUAAUCUUAUCAAAGUUGGAUUAUGGAGGUUUUAUAUCAAAUCAAACUAGAUUAAUGAGCACACAUAAUUCUCAAAUGCAUAUAACUGAAGAUGACGAAAGUGAUGAUGAUGAUUUAUGGGAUGAAAAUGAUGAAUGGUGGAAUUUUCAAAAUACUCGAAAUAAUAAUACAGAUAUUAUUCAACGUGAAAUGACUAUUAGUAAUAAAUAUGCCGGUGUUGUUAUAGGUGUUAAUGCAUCAUGUAUUGAUCGAAUUAAACAGAAAACUGGAGCAUAUGUUUAUAUUAAUGGUGAAACCAAUGAUCUUAAAAGAACAGUAAUUAUGAAAGGUACUCAUGAACAAGUCGAUCGAGCUUAUGCAUGCAUCGAAAAUCUUAUUGAAAGAUAUAUAAAUGAUAAGUCAUUCAUGGAACAACAACAUUUACAUGGAAAACACAAAGAAAAAUAA